AUGGCGACCGCUAAUACCCCGACACAGGCAGACGUGGCGCAAGCGCGUCUGGCGCUUCGUCGCGCUGAACUGGACGCCGCCAUUGAGAUGCGCCGUCUGGAGUUGGAAGCGCUGGAGGCACAGAUAGUCGUCACGGACGUGCCCACGCUCGCCGCCCACGCUGCGGAAACUCCUCCGGACUCUGACCGGGCGAGCAAUGCGGUCGCGCCACCGGCGCAACUGACGCUGACUGCCCAAGUCGUUGAUGGAAGUACGGAUGCACCUUCAGAUAUAUCACAGGGUGCGACGAACGUCGGCGUGGUAGGUAACGACGUCGCUCAGGGUGCUGCAAGUGAGUUUGAACAACGCGAAGGAUCAAUGGGAUACCGAGAAGAGAGUGCUAGCGAGGCUGUAGAUGGUGCGGUACCGACGGACGCCGAUGAAGAGGCCACGGUUGCUGCAGACAUCGCGCCAGAGCCCAACGAGCCCGGGCCUGCCGUUAUAGGGAGCAACGACGGCAUGUCCGCAUCUGGAGCGAGAGUAACCGACGAGACCGACGUGAUAGAGAUACACGAUGAGGAUAGUGACGCUGGACCGGCUUCAAGCGGUAUGACCGAUCGCCAGUUUUGCUCGCGGGUGGCGCGUCUCGCAGGCUUGGCUGCGGGCGUAUCGGGGGAGUGGACGAUUUUUGCGAACUUGAUGACGACGGUGAGCGCGUUCGAAGCUGCGCACGGGUACCAGGAUGGUUCAACACGGCUUCCAACCGGGGAUGUACGCAGCAUCUCGGUCUGGCAGUCAAGGCGGCGUCUGGCAGCGACGCUGGAUCCUUGCAAGCACGUCGAGAGCAACUACAUUGCAUCCGUGGCCCGGUUAUAUCUCGACAUCCGCGCCUUGGCCUUUCGGGACGUAUCGCGCAUGCACAGGCGGUACGGUCUUGUCGGUCUUGCUUACGGACUACUGCAGGCAUACUCGAUCCGACCCACCGAAGGACUUGAAGUCCUUGCGGUUGACUUAAGCAACCUACUGGUAGCUAUCCGGGACCGCCGCCUAGGUCGGGAGGUGGAUUUCGACGACGAAGGUACCGUCGAGGAGGCGUUGAUGGCCAUUGAUGGUCCAAACGCGAUCGCGGCCACGCGGGCACUUGAAGAAUAUGCGCUCGAGUCGCCCAAGACGCGCACGCCGUCUCCAGCUCGGUCCGUGAAGUCCACACGUAAGAGGGACAGAGACGAUGAGGACGGGACAGACGGCUCUAGGAUGAGUGGCGCGUCUUUGCGGCCGGCGAAGAAGGCGAAGGUGAAGGCGGGAUCGCGCUCUCCAGCGAAGACGCGCUCGGCCAAGGCUUAA